UGGCGUUAUUUAUGUGACAAACAAAAUUGUCAUCUAAAUUCUAAAAUUAUAGUGUUUUGUUGUUGGAAAAUUGUUUAAAAUUAUAUUUUUUUAGCUUUAAUUAAUGCAUAAUUAUUAAGUCGAUAUUGUAUACAUUAUUUAAUGGUCAAAUUUACAAAAGAAAGAAUUUCAUCCUUCAAAGAAAAUGUUUCAUGAUAUGUAAACGAAAUGAAUUCAAAGCCCAUCAUUUAUCACGAAAAACAAGUUAAAGAGCUGUGUGCUUUGCAUGCACUCAAUAAUUUAUUCCAAACACGAGGAACUUUUUCAAAGUCGGAACUUGAUGGAAUUUGCAGCCGCUUAUCACCAAACGUGUGGAUAAAUCCUCACCGGUCUAUGCUGGGUCUGGGCAACUAUGACAUCAACGUAAUUAUGGCAGCUCUACAGAAAAAAGGCUGUGAAGCAGUUUGGUUUGAUAAAAGAAAAGAUCCAGGAUGUCUAGAUUUAUCUAAUAUUUGUGGGUUUAUUUUGAAUGUGCCAUCAGAUUAUAAGCUAGGAUUUGUGAUGCUUCCUCUUCGCCGAAGGCAUUGGAUCACUAUACGUCAAAUACAAGGCAAUUUCUAUAACCUAGACUCUAAGCUAGAUGUACCACAAUUGAUUGGCAGAAGCAGUGAUCUAAUAGCAUAUUUGAAGGAGCAGCUUGAAAGUAAAGAAAAAGAACUUUUUGUGGUUGUAAGCAAAGAAGUUGAGGAAAAACAGCUGUGGAUGCAUCAGUAUGCCCUUCAAAAUUCCAGGCAAAACCCAAAUUCUUGCAUAGAACAGAACCAAAUAAUUAAUUGUGACAGCCCAGUAGACAGCAUGUCCUCAAUCUCAGCAUAUGAUUACAGAAAUCGUGAUGCUGAGUGUCUCAAAUUGACUGAAGUAAGAAACUGUGUUAUCAGCAAGGAAAAUAAUCAUUAAAGCAAUCUAGCAACUUGCCUUUGUGAUCGCAUGGCAAUUUUUAUGUGUUCACUAUUUAACUUCAAUGUAUGUGUGUUGUGUGAUAACAGGUGUUUUUGUAGUCUCGUUUUUAAAUAAAUCAAGUAAGUGAAAAUUACAAACUGUUUAGUAUUCGCAAUUGUGAAAGCUGUGUGGGGCUAAUUCAUUUGUAUACUGUACUUAAUAUUUAAAAAAAAGAGUAUUUAACUGAAUAAUUUAUAAAUACUGAGUUCCUCUAUGGCACUUUGGCAUGGAUUGCAGGUGUUCCUUGAUUUUGUUGAUAUUAUUAGAUAAUGUUUUGGUGUUUGUAAUAAGGUAGAUAUUAAGUUAAAACGGCCUAUUGUUACUUUAACUUAGAUAAUAAUAUUAUACUUGGUAUUAUGCAGAAUCAUAUUGUUUAAAUUGCCAAAUAAUGGAAUGCGUAUACAUACUAAUUUUACACAGCUUUAAUUUGUCUGAUAUUUUGUUUUGAAACUGAUAUACAUUAUUAUAUACUUUUUGCAAUGCACAGAUCAGUGGACGGAAGAGUUAUUAUAAGAUGUCUAUGAAGCCAAAUGUUAACCAAACUGUAUAUUAAUGAUUAUAUAAUGAUACUUCAUAGAUAGUUAAUUAACUUCUAUAAGACUUUUUUACAGAGCACAUUUUUGGCAAAUAUUUUAAUGUUUCUUUGUUACAUACAAACAUGUGCAUUUGUUAUGAGAGUAAGUCACCUUUUUAGCACAAUAUGAAAACUGAUAUUUUUUUCUUAUUUUAGUACAUUGUUUUAGUCAUAAAUAUUACUAAAUGAACAUGGAUAAACAGUACAAUAGGUGAAUAUUCUUUGGAUUAAUGUCAAUCAAGAUUAACUAAGGA